AUGACGAGAUCCUAUGAAACUCCUUCUUUUCAAGAACAAACAAGGCAGUCAUUGCUUCAUGCCAUCAAGCCAAAUCAAAACCUGGUGAUCGAUCUUGAUCCUUGCAAGUAUGACAGUUAUCUUCUUCCUAUUGUUGAAUGCCUGAAGUACUCUGCGUUGAUUACUGCUCUGACUAAGACAAAAAGUGUCCCAAUGUCUCUUCGAAGGCUUACUCUUCUGCAUGUUAUAUCAAGGAAGAACAGAGAAUCACUUUUGAAAUUCACAUUAGAACCACCUCCAUCACCAAAUCUUGCUUUUGCUCAAUCUUAUGGCUUACUCAAACAGAUGACAUGA